AUGUCUUCAUCAACCACCCCAGUACUUCCCUUCGCGCAAACUCUCGCAACCAUCUCGCGUUUGCCACGCAUCGGAAUCGUGUGUGGAUCUGGUCUCAGCACCCUCGUCUCGAGCUUGAAGAAUGUGGUGCAACUUCCGUACUCACAACUCCAGGGUUUCGGAGAGAGCACAGUUGUUGGCCAAAAAAGCAUGCUCGCGUUCGGACUAAUGGGCAAGGAUAAUGUGCCUGUUGUCGCCAUGCUUGGGCGGUUCCAUCCAUACGAGGGCCACAAGCCAAUAGUGGUGACGUAUGGUAUCAGAAUCAUGAAGAGAUUAGGCGUCAAAGAUGUUAUCAUAACAAACGCUGCCGGGUCAUUGACACCAGAUAUACCCGUUGGAACAAUUGUCGUUAUUCGCGACCACCUCGCCCUCCCCAACCUAACUGGGAUGAACCCCUCGUUCGGACCCCUCAUGUCCCAGGAAUAUGCCCGAUUUAUUCCUCUGGGUGAUGCAUACUCCCCUCGCCUACGACGCCUUGCCUUCCUUGCCUCCCACUAUCUUAAGUUUGAUUCAUCUGCACUGGCUGAAGGAACGUAUGCCUGGGUGGCAGGUCCUGCAUAUGAAACCCCUGCCGAGGGCCGUUUCCUGCGCGAUGCAGGUGCACACGUAGUCGGUAUGAGCACGAUACCCGAAGUAGUGGCUGCGCGAGAAGAGAAGCUCGAGGUCAUGGUGCUGAGCCUCGUUACUAACACGGUGGUCAUCCCUGAUACCUACAGGAGUAUCAAGGCAGAGGUUGAAGCUGAGCUUGCUGGUCAACACGUUGAACUUCCUUCCAUGGAGACCGCGUCGCACGAAGAAGUCCUAGAGACUGGGAGACAAAAGGCAGAGGUGAUGAGGAGUCUCGUCGAACGGAUCGUCGAGCUUGUCCCGGCAAACUUAUGA